AUGGCGAUCUGUACUUAUAACGCACGUACGCUUGCAUCGGAAGCGGCCAUCGAAGAUCUGAUGAUGCAAGCCAAGAAGAUCAAGUACGACGUCAUCGGACUGACCGAGACGAGACGACGUCACCCUCUCAACGCCGUAUAUGAGACUGGAGAAGAACUGUUCUUAGGAACAUGCGACAGUAGAGGUGUUGGUGGAGUUGGCGUCUUCGUCAACACGAAAACGGCAAAGAACAUCGACUCUUUCGAACAACUUACGACCCGAAUCGGACGUCUGCGGAUGAGAAUAUGUGGUCCAACACCAGCUUUGACUAUCUUCGUCGCUUACGCUCCAACAUCAAGCUACAAAGAAGAAGAAGUAGAAGCUUUCUAUAUGGACCUGGAGAAGUUCUACCGAGAAGAUCAUGCCUCCUACAAGGUCACCCUUGUAGAAGACAUGAUCUUACUUCUACAUCAGGUCAAAGUUGGCCCAAGAAGAACGCCGGAGGAAUUUCACCUCGGGACCCACGACCUACAAUGGAAUGAUCAGGGGAGAGGCUCUCCGAGUUCAUCAUGA